AUUUUCAUUCAUUCAUUUAGAGAUCACGAAUCACGAAUAGAACAGCUGAUUGUUAACUUAUUGGAACUUUAAUUAUUACAAACAUUCCAUAGAAAAUGUCAGAAAAUACAGAAUUAUUUAGUACUCGUAUGAGAAAAGCGACACGCAAGAUUCACUCCAUUAGCGAUGCUUUAGUCAACGCUAAAUUUGCUAUUUCACUUCGAGAUGAAAAAGUAUGGGGCGGUGGUCUGUUCGUGUUCUACCACAUAUUCGCCUACCUCGAAGAUGCGAAAGACAGACUAAACAUGCCUGAUUAUAAUAGCCUAUUUGCCCAUAAAAUACUACACAGAAAAAGAGCAUUUGAAGAAGAUCUCUUCCACUACUUAGGCGAGGAAUGGAAAACAAACCCCAAAGCCCCAGCUCUGGAAAACUACCUCCAGCAUCUGCAGGAUCUGGAGCGAGAGAACCCUAAACUACUGAUGGCCUAUGUGUACCACUUGUAUCUUGGUUUGCUGAGUGGAGGACAGAUAUUGGCUAAGAAGAGGAAGAUGUUUGGGGAAAAAAACCCAACACCUGAAACAUACAUAGACAAAGUAACAGAUUUCAGUGAAGCAGACAUAGGUCAGUUAAAGAAGGAUUUCCGAGAAGUCAUGAACCAGAUAGCCGAAAAACUAACAGAAGAUGAGAAACAAGCGCUAAUAGAUGAAAGUACCCAGGUGUUUCUAAUGAAUAAUUUGAUUGUCAAUUCUGUCGGUGGUCAAGAUCAAGUUAUAAAGAACAUGUUGUAUAAAGUUUCAGCAGUGGCCAUACUUAUGGUUGGAGCUGUAUUGGCGUAUAAAAUGCACAAGUUUAAUUAAGAUAUCAUCGUGUUAUGGCGAUAUAUGGUUUAGUUGCUUCAGUGCCUAUGUAAGUUCGCCCAUAAAUAUUUUCUUAUACGCCCUUUUUCUUAUUACGCCCAAUUUGGGGCAGGCUAAGGUCAGAGACCACACUGCCUUAAUUAAUCACAUUUUUAACGCACAUAUGUUUUUUUUAGAAUUUCGUACUUACAAUAGAAAUUAAAUUGUCAUAGUGAACGCCGGGCGGAAAAAAUGUUAAAUUAACAAUAAAUUGAGUAUCCUAAUUAAAAAAUAUAAUUAAAAGGAUAAAUUCAAUACCUUACCAAUUAAAUACCUUUAAUUUUCUACCAUUAGGAUAUAAACAUUGUAUAUUUUCUUUAUAAUUUAGGUUAUUAGUCUUAUUAAAUAAUUGUAUAUUUUAUUUAAUUCCCAAAGACUGUUAUUUCAAUUCAUAAAUAUUUAAUUAAAUGUAGAAUGCAUACAUAUCGACUAGUCAGAUAUUUUUUUUUUCAAAAUAAAAUUUCUAAUACGAGUACUAGGUACUGAUCUUGUAGUUUCAUUGUACUUUUUUUUUAUUGUCUAAAUCCUUCUCCUUUUCGAAAAAUCUGGUACCUACCUACCUAUUGUUAUGAUCGAUUUAAAGACCAUGGCAAUAGGUAAAGGUACUCUGAGCAUGGAUUUAAUAAGUACUUCGUACGGAGUACCUACCAAUUCCAAUGUGGUAUCUCGCGAGUUUAGUAGGUACUAGUACACCGAUGUCUUCACAAUUUCACACAUGGAUUUACUAAGUACUUACUUCGUACAACGGAGUACCUACUUACUAAUUACUUGGAUAAAUCUCAACAGGCACAGGUUAGGCACGGAAAGCAAUCGAAAAAAAAAAUAUUGAUGAGUGACUCAUCAAUAUUAAUAAGAUAUAUAAUAAAUAAGAAGAAAGAAAGAAAGAAAGAAAGAAAGAAAGAAAGAAAGAAAGAAAGAAAGAAAGAAAGAAAGAAAGAAAACAUUUAUUUGCCAAAAACAUGAGUACAAAUAGUCAAAAUGAAUUAGACCUACACGUUUUACCGAAUAUAGGUAUGCAAAUAUAAUUAAAUAAAGAGGAGCAUGCUAUCCACUACAAAUCCAAAACAAACUAUAAUGAACUAUAAUGUACUAUACUAGCCCUAAAUUCUAUCCGAGUCUAUCAUUAAAGAAAUCAUUUAAAGUAUAAUAA